AUGUCAUUCCCGCCGGCCAAGGCGUAUAAAGACGAUGACUCGGGCACCAUCCACCCUCACCAUCAUCUACACAAUCGCUUCGGUCCCGGCCCAGUCCUCCUCCCUCUUCUUCUAUCCUAGAGGAUUUUAAUUUCGUUCCGUAUAUCCGGCUAUCCUACCUGCGGCCCUACUUCCUGGUUGCAUUUAAUCUGCCCCGAUCUCCUCUUCGUUCUGCACCCCUUUUCCCCCCCUUUUGCUUCUUUGAUUCCAAUGGCCGCCCUGAACCUGAAGACGCAUCUUAGCGCCCUUGCCGAGCACACCCUCGCCCACCCAUCGCUUCCUAUACUCAAGCUUCCAGUAUACGACGGUGAGGGUGAGCUGCGGGCAUGGCAACCUAUUUCCUACGGCGAGUUCCAGUCCGAUGUGGAGCACUUCGCAACCCACCUGGCCCACAAGUUGCAGGCCGGUGGAAUUCCACCACGAUCCGUGGUCGGUCUCUGGUCGAACGGCAUGUCCUACGUCGAGGUCCUCUACAUCUACGCGAUAGCCCGCGCAGGUUACAUUCCUCAGCUGUUCUCGCUCCGGCUGCCCAACCCGGACAUCAUCUACGAGCUACUUCAGCGUUCCAACGCCAAGGCUAUCAUAUACGAGCCGACUCUCGGUGACAUCCUGUCCAACUGCCCGUACCCCUCAUACAGCGCCGUCGACCUGCGCGACGUUGCUGUCGACGACAUGUCUCUGCCACCCAUGCCCGAGCCGACCGCGCCCGAGGACAUUGUCAUGAUCUUCCACACUUCCGGCUCCACGUCAGGACAGCCCAAAUUGCUGCCGUGUAACUACGCGUGGCUCGACAACAUGGUGCGCAAGUCCGCGACAGUCAGCAGGCCCCUGCACACGACCGGUCAGGACGUCACUGUUGCCAUAGGAAGCAUGUGCCACAUUGGUCAAACAUUCAUGUUCCUCGCCUCCUUCCAAAACGGCGCGUGCACGAUCCAGCCGAAAGCGGUCACUUUCUCUACCGACGAGCUCGUACAUAUGAUCGCGCACGGUGGCCUCACCCGCCUGAACCAGUUCCCCGCGUUCUUCGCUGUACACGCCCGCGCGGCGCGCCAGAGCCCGAAGCUGCUCGCGCUCCUCCGUGGACUCGACGAGAUCCUCUACUCCGGCCAGCAGAUGCCCCGCGAGGACGAGGAGUGGGCGUACGCCAACGACCUCCAGCUCCGCAACCUUUUCGGUAGCACCGAGUGCGGCGCGAUGCUCCUCUCUGUCCGUGGCGGUGGCAAGCCCAGCCCGGCCCUCCGUCCGAUCGAGGGCACCUCGUACGCAUUCGUCCCGAUCGAGGACGCGGCCGAGGGCGCAGAGGGUAGCGAAUACUCCAACGCAAACGCGCGGCUGCACGAGCUUGUCAUCCUCGCCGAGUCCGGCGACUGCCCGCACACCUCAAUGCGCUCUGCGGAUGGCCACUUCCACACCGGCGAUCUCUUCGUCGAGGUCGCGCCUGGCGCGUACGUAAACCGCGGGCGCGGUGACGACUGGAUCAAGAGCGAGAACUGCCUCCGGUGCGACACCCGCGCGAUCGAGGACAACGCGCGCCAGACCUGCGGCGACCUCAUCGCAGAGUGCAUCGUCGUUGGGAACGGCCGGCCCAGCCCCGCGCUGUUCGUCGAGCCCGCGCCGGGCGUGCAGAUGGACGACGCCCGGCUGCGGAGGGAGAUCAUCCGGCGCACGCGGCACUUCCACUCGCGGCGCUAUCUCCACGAGCGCAUCACGUCCGCAAAGAUGGUCGUGGUCGUCCCGCGCGGCACCCUGCCGCGCACGGCGACGAAGGGCAACGUCCGGCGGCGCGCCAUUGAGGAUCUCUUCAAGGCAGAGCUGGACGCGAUGUUCGCGAGCGCGUGAGCCCCGUGGUAACAUCAAAACGGGCGCGAGGGUGGCGCUCGCUGAAUUCGCUUACUGGUGACAUUGGUCUUUAUUCUUCUAUUACUUUCCCGCUCUGAAGCAAACGCUUUGGCUGCGUCCUAAUCUAUUCCCUUCGCACCACUUAUCCUAUUUCUUCUGUCAAUAUUGCUCUUGACCCACGCCCGGACUUUGUGAUCACACCGCUGUAGCAUAUAUACCUAUUGUACCUACCUGUC